GUAAAGAAAAUUAUGAAAUUUAAUGUUUACUUCGAUAUAAUUCUACAAAUCAAAUCACACCCAAAUUGAACAAAAUUCUCAUAAGCAUUUAAGAGAAUUCAUUUUACACCAAACACCCUCAAAUGGAUAGAUCAUAGAUUGACUAUGUUUGUUGGUUGACUUUGGAACAAACAAUUGUGGACAUAAACUCAGAAUCACAAGUCCACAGCCCAAAAUAAUCAUACAACCUAAUUCAGUCUCUACUUUUCCUUGUUUGUUAACAUGGCAGAUUCAUUUCUCUUUGAUAUUGCUGAUUCACUCCUUGAAAAGCUUGCUUCUUAUGCUCAUGAAGAUCUACAAGGGAUCAAAGACACUUUGUCAAUUGUCAAAUGUGUGUUAUUGGAUGCUGAAGAUAAGAAAGAGCGAAACCAUGGGCUGCGUGAAUGGUUAAAGCAAAUUCAAGACAUAUGCUACAAUGCUGAAGAUGUGUUCGAUGAUGUCGAGUGUCAAAACUCGCGAAACCAACUUGUUCAAGCUUCUGGCAGCAAAAGGAUGAAGGUAGGACACUUCUUUUCUUUGCCUUUUUUUCGUCUUAGGAUUGCUCAUCGAAUUAAAGAUGUUAGAGAUAGAUUGGAUAAGGUAGUAGCUGAUGGGAAUAAGUUUGGUCUUGAGAGAAUGGAUUUUGUUGUAGAAAAGAGAGAAAUGACUUAUUCUCAUGUUGUGCUUUAGAUGUUAUUGGAAGGGAUAGUGAAAAGGAAGAAAUUAUCAAGCUCUUGAUGCAACCCUGUUGUACUCACCGAGGUGAGGAGGGCAAUAAAAGUCUCUGUGUUAUUCCUAUAGUGGGAAUUGAAAAUGUGGGUGUGUGUGUCAUAUGAUU